CCGGCGUUUACAGGUUAGACCGCCAUGACUGUCAUGGCCUUUUCCGGUUAACGCUUGCUCCAAGAGAGACGUGAGCGUAUAAUAUAGGGUGAACAAUGACGGAAGUAGAACAGUAUGAAGACGUGGUUCUAUCCACCGUUGGUGCUGAAACAGUGCCACAAGCUUUGUCUGCUGAGCUGCCAGAAAUAAAAUUGUUUGGUCGUUGGAGUUGUGAUGAUGUACAAGUGAGUGAUUUAUCACUGCAAGAUUAUAUUGCAGUUAAAGAGAAAAAUGCUAAAUAUUUACCGCAUUCUGCUGGACGAUAUGCAGCAAAACGUUUUCGUAAAGCUCAGUGUCCCAUUGUUGAACGACUUACCAAUUCCUUGAUGAUGCACGGUCGUAACAAUGGUAAAAAGUUGAUGGCUGUUAGGAUUGUUAAACAUGCAUUUGAAAUUAUUCAUUUACUCACUGGUGAAAAUCCUCUCCAAGUGCUUGUUACGGCCAUUAUAAAUUCUGGACCACGUGAAGAUUCAACACGUAUUGGACGUGCUGGAACAGUUCGUCGACAAGCUGUAGACGUAUCACCUUUACGUCGUGUCAACCAAGCUAUUUGGUUAUUGUGCACUGGUGCACGUGAGGCUGCAUUCAGAAAUAUUAAAACAAUCGCUGAAAGUCUCGCUGAUGAACUUAUUAAUGCUGCUAAAGGGUCAUCAAACUCUUAUGCUAUUAAAAAGAAGGAUGAACUUGAACGUGUUGCCAAGUCCAACCGAUAA